CCUGGAUGUAACAUAAGGAGGUGAUCAGCAUCAAAUGCGGAAGCUGAAUCACUGGAACCAGGCAGACGCAGACACAACUGUUGAGCAAAAUGCAGACUCCACAGAAAAGUCCAAGCCUCAGACCUUUCAAGCAGAGGAAGAGUUUAGCAACCAGAAGAGAGGAAGUUGCUGGAAUCAGAGUGAAGUUCCCAGGCAAGAUCCCGGUGAUAGUGGAGCGCUACCCCAGGGAGAAGUUCCUGCCCCGGCUGGACAAGACCAAGUUCCUGGUCCCACAGGAACUGACCAUGACGCAGUUUCUCAGCGUCAUUCGGAGCCGCAUGGUCCUAGGGGCCACUGAAGCCUUUUACUUGCUGGUGAACAACAAGAGCCUGGGAAGUAUGAAUGUGACCAUGGCAGAGAUCUACAGGGACUACAAGGACGAGGAUGGCUUUGUGUACAUGACCUAUGCCUCCCAGGAGAUGUUUGGCUGCUUGGGGUCAGCAGCCCCCGAGGAUGGGAGCAGCUUUGGGGAGGACAGGCCCUGCCAUCCUCUCUAGCGCGUGUCCUCUAACCAUUGUGUUCACAGUGCAGGAGGCACAGACUGUUUUCUGUGUGUGCCCUGAUGAUCCGGGGGCAAAGCCCCCUGCAAUGAUCAGCACCAACCAUGACAAUGAGGCAAGACCUGCGUGUUUCCUUUUUUGUGCUCACCCUCUUUGGUGGCUCUUGAGAAUUUUGGAAAUAUUCUUUUCUGAGAAAGAAGUAGUUAACUUGUGCAAUGAGUUGGGGAGGUAUUUUAAAUGUUUCCUGUGAUGGAGGCCAAGCUGGAGGCCCUGGAGGUAUGUGAUCUGUCUUGAUGGGCAGGAGUCCCGAGUACGCUUGGGUGUGGAGAUCCUGUGACCUCAGAUGGUCUCCAUGGAGCCUGGUGCAGCCAUCCUGAACUGCCUCAUUUGGGGAUGGUGGGGGUGGCGGGUGGAAUGACUGCAGAGGGGAAGUGGCCUUAUCUAUGUCAUUAAAGAGAUUAUUGUUAUUUCCACA